UCGGCUAUAUUUAAUUUCCAAAGUUUAUUGUCAGUUAUUCUUCUUCUCAUUUGCACUUGUACGUAUGUGCGUGCACUGAUGCCAGAUUUUCUUGAUCGUCAUAAGACCGGAUUCACUGGCACAUUUUGGAAAUGCGCCAGGAUUGGUGAACGAAAAAGCCCUUAUGUAGCUCUGUGUUGUAUUUGCAUGGCCGUGGCGAUUCUUUUUAGCAAUUAG